CUUUUGACAGCACCGAUCAUAAAGGCAGGGAAAGACAAUGUAACGAUUUUGACACCAGGCCUGUUUGGCUGUAAGAAAAUUUCCUUCCAACGUCCUUUCUCUUAUGGACAGCAAGUUAAGGUAUUCGCUUCAUUUGGACAUACUGUAAAAAGUCCAACACAUCGGUUUGGUGCAGCAGUCUGGGUGGAGUCUGUUUCUACUGGUGGUUUCACAGUCUGUGUGUUGGAGUAUGGGGAAGGUUCAAAAGGUUCUGCUGAAGUGAACUGGAUUGCUUUGCAAUCUACACCUCUUGGAUCUCAGCUAGGAACUGUGGCGUUGGAUCCAUGGACUACCGGAACCGAGUGUAUUACUAUCAACUUUGAAAAGGUUCGAUUUAAGAGAGUUUUUAUUUCCUUUUGUUACAAUCAUCUGACAAAGGGAAAAACAUAAUUUCCGAUAGAAGUUAAGCCAAAAAGCGUGUAGAAUUAUUGCUUGUAGUUCCGAUGCUAACACUGACAUGGCAUUAUCAGUAGACCAUUUAACUGUCCUCGAGAGAGUUUUUAUCUGUCAAUUUUGCUUCAAACUUACUUCGUAAACUAUUCAAUUUCUUUCCUCUUUUUUUGUUUGUUUUUCUUUUAGCGCUUUAAGACUUCACCGACUGUUUUAGUAUCUGCCUGCCAUGAGAUUCUGAAGAGACCACAAGAUGCUAUGGCUAUUUGGGUAAAAGACUUGAAUAAGGACAAUUUUAAAGUUUGUUUCAGGGAGACAAAGAUUCUUGAUGGAUUACACAAAGAUAUCCGAAUGGUAAGGGAAUUAUUUCAACCUCAGUAUUCGAUAAUUUAUUUAUGUGCUCUUACCAUUCUAAUAAGCUACCUUUUGUCAUUAUCCAGUCAUCAUAUCAGUUCAUUCUCUGAAAGAAUGAUUGGCUGUAACACUCAUGACUAAUCGAGAUAACCUUCUAGCCGUCUAAUUAACGGACCGACAGUCUGAUUGACUUAUUGAAUGACUGAUCAACUGAUUAAUUAGGUGACUGAAAAACUUUUGAUUGACAGAUAGGCCGACUGAGUGACUGGCUGACUGUUUGUUCAACUCACUGACUUAUUGACUGACAGAAGGAUUGACUGACCUACUGACUGGCUGACCAAUUGAAUGGAGUGAUUGAAUAACAUAACUCUCUCGCUGACUAGCUUACUGACUGGCUCCUUAAUGAGUGAUUAGCAAUUCGUAUCACUAACUGACUGAAUAACAGACGGACGGAGUUAAUGAGUUAAUGACUAACUGACCGAUGAGCAAUAAAUCAAUGAAUAAAUUGAUGCAUUUUUUAAAUUUUGUCAACCUAUUUAUCAAUUAUUAGCCAUUUCAUUUUACAGAACUGGAUGGCAUUUACAACUCUUAAGGUUGUUAACUUCACUUUAACCAAAACUAUAAUGCUGAACAAUGCAAGCUCAAAAUCCCAUCACAGUAACCAUGCGUACUGUCAGGUCAGGUUUAAACUUAUGAUAGGGUAGCUUAGUCAUUUAAUUGACACCAAUUUAAUUCAAUACAGAUUCCAAUAAAAAAGGGGAUAGAUUAGUAGGUGUAAAAGGACCUUUAUCGAAGAAAGGAAUUCUGUGACGAAGUUUAAAUGAGAUAAAGUAAUAUCAAAUGGGCUAAGAUAAUGUGAUUCCCACGGUUGUUGUGCAGGGGGAUGGCGGUGGUGGUAACGUAAUACUAUUCUUGCGAAUUCAAAGAACUUAUUUCAUUCGUUUUUCUUUAUAUUUCAGAGUAUAAACUUCACCGAUCCGUUUUAUGCUCCCCCUGUUGUGGUAGUGACACCAAAGCAGGGUUACAUCAAUAACCUAUCAGACGCUCUUCCCCCUCAAUGCAGUGCCAUUACAGCUUGGGUGGAGGUAAGAUUCCAGUGUUAUAGCUGUUUUAGAACAUUUUAAAGGAUUGUACUCGGUAGACAGUAUGUGUAAUGGGUGUGAAUUGGAACGAACAAGAUAUUUCUAUCGGCUCUUUGGCGGAGUUAGUAAAGUGCUAGUUGAUAUCGCUUAAUUUCUAUAUCAAUGAACAAUUUUUGAACGCAAACAAUGUGCACCAUGGCAUCGCAAUUGACCUCUUUUCAAAUAGCGCAUUUUGUCUUUAUAAUUUCAGAAUAUGAAACAUUUAAAAUCGGAAUGCAGUAUUUUCAAUUUUUAACAAAUCGAUGAGGAUCAAACGUUUGCUCUUGACGUCUUCCAGCUUCUUGUUGUUUCCAUUAUUGUUAUUUACGUUUAUUUUUGGCCGUUAAAGUAAUUAACUUGACGGCAAAAUAUAUUUUCCUCUUGACUACAGUUCACCUCAAGGAAAGAUACGAAGGUUUGUGUAAGAAAAUACCAGGGCAAAGAGGAAAGUAACAGCGCCACUUCAGUUGAUUAUGUUGUCGUAGGAGGUGAGUGCCAUGAUGCAUUUUAUUUUCGGCGACACAUUCAUUUUGCGAUUUUGAGGUAAACAUACAUCUGUAAUCGCCAGAAUUUGCCCAAUUUUGUGGAUUAAAUUUUGAAAGUAGUUUGGUUUUUUGAAUGAGACAAGUAAUUUUUUUCUCGGAAAUUGAUGUUAUUAAACGAUUCCAGGAGAAGAUACAAUAGCUUCGAUAUAAGCAGGAAUCGAGUCGAAACUAACAUCAAAUAAUUGAUUUGUCAUCUUAAACAUAGUCAGAAUUUGUCCAUUUUUUUCCCCUCUGGACCUUCUUGAUAUUGGAAAUAAAUAAUUUACCCUUUUCUGUUUCGUGUUGGUAGCUAUUUGUUGUUUAAUUGUAUUUUUUUUCGUCGUUUCACUUUCGCAAAAAGGCGUAGCUACUCUAAAUUUUGGAAAAAGUUUCAUACUUUCGUAUAUUUGGAAAUUUUUUUGGAAUAUUCUUAAAUUAUUUGAAGAUCGUUUUUAGUAAAAAAAAACUCUUUUUUUUUUUUCGACGACGUUUAAAUAUGUCUUGUCAAAUACAGUACAUUACUAAAACAAACGUACCUGAGAAAUAAUUGUAUUCUAUUUUCUUUUGAAGACUUGGAUCCGUGCCUGCACGUUACCUGCUUAUUCUAUGGUCUGUGUAAGGCCUUUGGACCGCAUGACGCUCGCUGUGUGUGCUUAGACCUCUGUCCGUCGCUCCUCGAGCCCGUGUGUUCGUCAAAUGGCACAACGUACGGCAACGAGUGCUUGUUCAAACGAGAGACGUGUCUUUUGAGGCGUAAUUUUACCGUGCAGCAUCCAGGUCGUUGUGAGGGUAGGGGUUUCCAACGGUUUAGCUUUUUUAUUGGGCUGAAAACGUUUGAAAUAUAUAUGUAAAGUAUAUGUUAUGAUGGUCGGGCUACAAAACAUGGACAUCUGACUAAAACACUGACAGACUGACUGUUUUGACUUGGCUUGGCUUGACCCAGUUUAUUAUGGCCAACUGACUAACUAACUAACCAACUGACUUACAGGCUGACGGACCAACGGACUGAUCAUGACGGACUGGUGGACUGACGGACCGACCGACCAGAUUGUGCUCGUAAAAAAUCAUGGAAAAUUUUUUCAUUUGACUGCUAAAAAAGUUGCUAAAAAUCCAAAGUUGCUGAAAAUCCAAAAAGUUAUUACCUGCUCGUAAAUAUAUCAGCGAAAUUUAGGAAUUCUCUUGAGUUGAACGGAACAAAAGACAUGGUUCAUUUGACGCGUUGCCGAACGAUAUGUGGCAACUUGAGCGAAAAUAGCACUAUUGCAUGAUUGCAUUCUCAGAGUCUAAAAUACCAUAUAUUUCUUGAAGUUUUCAAUGAAACUGUUGAAUUUGUCGUGCUUCAUAUGUGAUCUAAACCUAUAUUUUGCUUAAAAAUGCUUAUUAAGUGACAUCGCAUUAAAGCAAAGAGAAUCAAGAAGCAAUAUGGUGCUCUCUCUCUCUUUCUCUCUCUCUCCCUUUUUUCUUUCAGUUUUUCCAUUCCAGCGCGGUCGCCAACACAUGCCUCACAUUCCAACACUGGGAUAUUCUCACUGUGUAGUGAUCCAUCUGAAACCUUACGUGUUCUAUCCUGACAAACCCAUUGAAGUUCAGAUCACUGUCAAUCACAUUGACACCAGUGACAAGUCGUAUGUACACGAUGCAGCAGUGUCAUGGGUUGAGAACACCAAUUACGAUAGAUUCACCGCUUGUGUCAUGGCAGCAGGUUUCAAUGAGCGAGAAUCGAGCGCAAACGUCACGAUUGAUUGGGUGGCGUAUCAGGGAGCUCCGGUCGGUGGGCUGGCAGGCGAAAAACGGAUAUCACAAUGGUGGACUGGAACGACUUGUGUAACCGUGAACUUUCCAUCAGUAAGUAGCUAGCCUUUGUCCUUUUUUCUUUUUCAUCUCCCAUCUUUUAACACAUUUAUUUACUCGUUCGUUCCUUUCCUGUAUGAGUUAUUGCAUACAUGCACGAAUGUGCGUGUAUGCAACUCAGUGUCGUUAAUUGUCUUUGAGAAGACUUCAAAUGGAUCCCUUCCUAACUUGAUGGUGAAGUUUCACCCAUAUCGGUGGGAAAUAAUUGUCAGAGUGGUAAACCCCAAACAAAAUUGAAAUUUCUUUCUGUGUAGGAUGCUCAAGUACCAGGAUAAGAUCGAGUCCCAGGAGCUUGAUUGGCCAUUAAUGACGGAGCGUUUGGCGGUCUCUAUCGCGUAAAAAGUUAUUCCUCUUUGUCCAUAACAGUCCCUUACUUUUUAUGCAUAUUCCACAAUUUCUAAAAUGCCACUGCUGCUAGUGCGCAGGUCCUCAUUAGUAUUAAUUGGGUCAGAGGUACUGUAAGAAUAAGCUUUCUUUGAAAAAGAACAUUACACGGUAACCAGGGCGGGGUUGAACCUGGAUAUUUCUAACCCCUGGACAUUUUUCUCUUAUUGGAAGAAGAAAUUUCCGAGUGCACCCUCAGUAUUUGUAACUGCCAAGCACCAUCAUUCAGGACUGAAGCGUGACGCAGCUAGUAUAUGGAUUGAGGAUGUCACGCAGUCCUCGUGCAAAGUUUGCCUGAGGGAGCUCCAGAACUACGCAGGAUCCCACAAGGAUAUUUCUGUUGUGAGUAUGUAGUUCACAGGCCUAUCGUCGGAUUACAAUUAGAAUCUUUUUUCUUCCUUUGAUUUGGUAUUUAUUUUCAUUCAUUUUUGACGCAAUAAUCUCGGCUGUUAUGAUUAAUCGCGUGUAUGCAUGCAGUUAAGCGCUCCGUCUUCAGCAUGCCCAAAGCUAUUCAAAUACGGCGUCAAGGUUAAAGUACUGUUUAAACAGAUCCCUGACACCAAAUGCUGACAACAAUGUGUUAAAGAACGUACAAUUCUCGUAACUAAGUUCGAUCUUGGCACGAUACUACCAGAUGUAACGAAACACAGCUGGAAAUGUUGUUAAACUGGAAUUUUGGGUGAACAUUGUAAGGGAAAAAGUGCUAAAAGAUAAACAAAGAUCCAAACAUACGGAACUAUAAAAACAUGUGUGUGAACUUCUCGUCCUAUUUCGACUUAGCCAUCACGCUUAACAAUAUCUUGAAAUGUUCAUGUGUUCGUAUUUUUAUCAGAACUGGUUGGCAUUCAUGAAUCUUCACAAGCCCCCCUUCUCAGAACACAACGUGAUUCACUUUAUCAACAACAGAGCUCCCCCAGACGAUCAAAAUAAUGCCUUCUGCAAGGUCAGUUGUCAUUGCAGGUUUAGCUAUUUUACUGACUAUUUCAAGCGUUUGUGUGUGUUAUUUGAUUUGAUAAAGGCCUAUUAGUGACUGACCAAUGAUCAUUGCUCCUUGGCGUACAUACGAGACAUUUUCCGUUCUACCUUACCACUAAUUCGAAGCCAGGCGCGUGUUCGAGGAUAGGUACUGAUUCACGUGUUUACGCUCUCUAUUCUUCCUCUUUCAGGAUGUUAACUUCUUCCACGCCUACCUUACAGUCCCAAACGUAAUUGUCUCUGCUAAUCACUCAACAAAACAAGGGAACUUGAGUCCUGUUCACAAUGGCAUAACCCCUUGGGUAGAGGUAAGUUAGAUUCUAGACAAUAUUUUCUGUCUGAAAAAGCCUAAUGAAAUAUGUUAUAUCUGUUUAUCAUACUGAUUCAAGCUUAUUUUCAAGGCGCCAUCAAGAAGUUUAGUGUCGUGGCAAAUAAUUCCAUUUAUGAUGUGAAGCGCCCGGCAUUGUCUAGUACUAGUUAUUUUCCCGUCUGGCCCUCUCCAUUCAGUAAAUAAAAACAUGAAAACUUUUUUCUUUUGUUCAGUAUAUCAACAGGAAUGGCUUUCGCGUUUGUUUUAAAGAAUUAUACGAAACAAAAUAUGAUCCUCUUUCAAUUAUCUACACGGUCAUGUCAGGUAAAUACUGAGGUUGCUUAACACCGUCACAAAGUAAUGUACUGUUGAAUCAGGACCAAACAUCAUUCUCCACAAAAUCAAAGUCUUCUCUUACCCCUCUCGCCUAAAAUAUCCUUCCAAUAAAUUUUUGGAAGUUCACAAAUGUUUUAAUAGAAGAAAAAUAGACAACAGAGGGAGGCAGUCAUUCAUUGGCUGGGAUAUGCUAAUUUACCUCAUUUCUCAUGGCUUUACAAGGAAAUUGCAGUCUAUUAUACCCCAGACAUACGCAUUCCCUCUCUCACUGUCCUCCGUCAAGAAACAGUAGCUUUAAUCUCUAUGAUUUCCGUCAUUAUAUCGCUUUGAUUUAGAUCAUUAAAUCGAGUCGAUGCUUUAUGUGUACCCCUACGGAAGUAGACUAUGAAGAGUGACUGAUGCAGAAAAUCGGUUAAGUUGACACAACACACGAAUGUUAAUCUCCUUUGACUGUACUUUUCUUCGUGUGUGUUAACAUCGCUCUAAAUAAAUUAUUCAUUUCUCAUGUAGAUCUAUGCCAGCCUGGAUGGGAUUAUUUCAAUGGUUAUUGUUAUUUCAUAAGCUCCGCUUGCACCACUUGGCCAAAUGCUGAAACAAAAUGUUCUAAAAUGCACUCAAAUCUUGUGACAGUCCAUAAUCAAGAGGAGAAUGUCCACCUUCAACAUCAGCAUAAUGGAGAGGGAUCCUGGAUUGGGCUCAAUUAUCGAAGCGUAGAAGGAUCAUUCGUGUGGGCAAAGAAAGGCAUAAGUAGCUUUAGAUUCUGGGCGGCAAACCAACCAAACAAUCACACAGAUCAGGACUGUGUACACACUCUUGGCUCAAACAAUGGAUACACUUGGAGUGUCGUUUCAUGUAAUGACUGUUUCAAAUUCACUUGUUUUAAAGGUAAAAAAUUAGCACUCGAUUUGACUUCACCCAGCCAUUUUAGUACCCUAAAAUCUGGGCACUAGGUGGGGGAGAGAAUAAUCGUAAAAAAAUACCCAGCGAGGACUGUCAUUUUAAUGAAUCCUGUGAUAUUUAUGCCGCAUACUAGAUUUUCUUAACUGGAAUAUGUUUGCUUUUAAAGAUAUAAACGAGACUCAUUGGUGUAAUGUCAAUGCUUUAUGCCAAAAUACUUAAGGAUAUCACAAAGGCGUUUGUAAGGCCGGAUUUAAUGGAGACGGGGAAAAUUAUCUAGUUUAAGUAAAUUUUAUGAUUAUCUUUUAAAAGCACUGCACUGUCGUUAAAUGCAUUUUGUAGCUUUAAAAAUGAAUUGAAGCCCUUGAGCAAUCCGUAGGAAAUCCGUCGGCAAUCGGUGAGCAUUUCCCGGUUAAUUAAUCCGUAUAUAAUCCGAAGAUACGACGUAGGCAAUCCAAAGAGACUCCGUGGGCACUCCGUGGCAAUCCGAGGGCAAUCUAUGGGCAGUCUGUGGGCAAUCCGUGGGUUAUCCAUAGGCAAUCUUUGGGCAAUCUGUGGGCAAUUACUUGGGAGUUACUGGUUCGUUGAGAUUACCUUUUCCAGACCCGCUCAGCCACGUGUAAUCAGGGUGCGUAUUUUGUCGCCCACAAGUUAUCGCCACUUAAUGACAAGGUGUAACGAUAAACAAAGUCAGUGUGGAGUAUAAUUUUUAACGGAAUAUCAUUUGCUUUCCAAGAUAUAAACGAGUGCACAGUCAAGUCCCACCGGUGUGAUGUCAAUGCUGCUUGUCAAAAUACUGAGGGAUCUCACGAGUGCAUUUGUAAGACUGGAUUUGAAGGAGACGGGGAAAAAUGCUCUCGUAAGAAAAUCAUAUUAUCAUUUUAAACGAUGCCAUCUUCAAUUAACUGAAACUUUAAGUUGAUUGGAAAACACAUUGUAGCUAUUUCUGUGACUUUCAGGAAUAACGUAAAGACAAGUUUUUUCCCCUCGCGUUUUAAAAAUGGAUAAUUAUUCAGGUUGUUCAUAAUGACCCGCAAUAAAACGUUGCUCUGGUUAGAAACAAGGACAUAUAAAGCAAAAAUGUUUAGUAAGAUUUUUCUCUUCCUCUUAGCGUACAACUUUAACGUAAAAAUGUUUCUCUUUCAACAACUGGAAGAUUUAGCUUAUUUUCCUACAAUAAUAAAGAAGGUAAAAAUACUCUUUACUGCUGGAUCAGAUUUGAAAGGAUCCUAAGGUUAUAAAUGACACAUGCGUGUUUUCAUUAUAGUUUCUUGGGAGUUUACAACAAGUGGACGAAGUGGAAGAUAUGGCGUUAUUCAGACCUUCACUGUUCCGCGUACGACCCUUUACCAAAUAAAGGCCUGGGGAGCUCGUGGUGGGACACAUUCAUACAGUUAUGGAUAUAGACCUGGAACAUACUAUGGUGGUAGGGGAGCAUCCAUAGAAGGAAAGUUCAGAUUGAAUAAAGGAACAGUGCUGAAUAUUGUGGUUGGACAGCGUGGUGGAAAUUCUGUGGAGGUUAAGGGUGGUCGAUCCACAUCCUUAACAGCAGCUCAGCUGGGACUGUCUGUAGAGGACAAUGCUGGAACCGGAGGAGGGGGUGGUAGUUUUGUCUAUACCACAAGUAAUACCCUGUUAUUAGCUGCCGGAGGAGGAGGUGGUGCGUCGGGUGGUUACAACGGAACGAAUGGUCAGACGAGAACGAGUGGAACCAGUAGUGUGGGAAAAGAACCAUCAUGGGUUAGGAAGGGAGGCACUGGAGGGCAGCCAGGCGAAUGUAACAGAGCAGGUGGUGCCUUUCAUGGGGGUGUAGGUGCUGGUUGGCAUGGCGCUGGUUGUACUCGAUCAAGCACUCACCACGGAGAACGAGGUGGGUCACGUGCUGAAGGCUGGACUGGUGGUCAAGCCGGUGGCAUGAACAAUGGAAAUAACGGCGGACCAGCACCAGGAGCAGUAGGAGGUUUUGGUGGUGGAGGUGGAGGAUCAGAGGAUAAUGGUGCAUCAGGAGGAGGUGGCGGGUACUCUGGGGGAGGUAGCGGUACUCGCUCUAACCAGGCUGGAGGGGGAGGGGGUUCGUUUUGCCGUGGUCAGAGUUGUCGGGGUGUAACUGGCGGUAACCCCAAUGAUAACGGACUCGUCAAAAUUAUUGAGUUAUCUUCACAAUAACUAGCGACCAAAAGGAUUUAAAGUUGAAGUUAUCUGACAGAUAAUUGAGUCAAGCUUUUUUCUCUAUCGAAGUGAUAAGAAAAUAUGGUUAUAAGCAGCACUUUUAAGCAACACUUUCACUUCAAAUAUUUUUACUUAAUAAAAUCACAGGGAAAGAACAAAAAAUAAUUUUAAGGAGGAUCUCAUUGGGAUUAACCGUUCGUCGUAAAACGGUGAAAAGUUUUAGCUGUUAGGCGUAAAAUUUAACAAAUUUUAUUAGAUAGUCAUAAAAAAUGUGAAAUCUAUUUUUUUUCCUCUUAACCGUAACGGAAAGAAGUUAACCGUUAGUUAUAAAUCAUCCAAAGUUUUAACCAUUCGCCGUAAAGGCCAUUACUCCGGCCAUUGAAACUCUACUGACUUUAAAAACAACGGGUCAGCAGUACUCAAUUAGCUCCUAAUAUUGCUGUGCCGUAGUCAUAUGGCGGGUACUGACGAGCAUGCAGGAAGAUUUCUGUAAGCCAUUUACUGAACUUCUGCAUCACUUUGUCGACUCUCGAAAGUUUAAUUUUUUUCGCUAGCCGCAGCAGGUUUUGUGGAUGAAGCGUAUGAUGCUGUAAUAGUCUUUAGUGUUUCUCUUCUUUCUCAUAAAACAAACUGCCGCUUCCAUGUCAAACGAAUGUCUUGUAACAAAGUAUUCAAUUACAGAAGUAAUACCCUAAUAAGGGGUUAACCCUUUAACUCCCAAGAUCUGAUUGUUAAUUCACAUUUCCUUGUAAAUUAGUUACGAGUACUUGGUGCUAGAUCAAGAUAGCAGCUUCUCCCUGAUAAGUUUUAAUAUUCUCAUUACCUGUUUGCCGAAUAAUGUAUGGAUAAAUUAUUAGGAGAAGUUUCAUGUUAAUCACUACCGGGAGUUUAAGGGUUAAAACAGGUUUCAUUCACUUUAAGAUUAUUUUCUGAUCAUUUCAGGGCCCAAAAUCAAGUUACAAUUUCUAUUCAACAAAUAAUAUUCCGUGCAGUUUACCCCGGUGGCUUUCAUCUCUGAUAAUUAGGGCCAUCUGGAUUUCCACGACUUUCGCGGGGAUUGGUCACGCAGUACUUCUAACGAAUCUUUAACGGUAUCCUGCGCUGCAAAAGGCGUCAAAUGUCGCCAAAUGUUUUCGAAAUUUUGCGGCCAUAGUGUUGUUCCCAGGUGUUAAGAUGCACUCUCUCUAUCGCGGUCCGGUGAAUUUUAGUUCGAAAAUCGAUUUCUCUCAAACUUUCCUCAUGAAUCUCUCUAAGUCUAAAAUUAAUCGAAACCACCUUAGUUCAUCCACAGUUUUAAAAAUAAUUUGUUGGCAGAGCGGAAUUCGCUUCAGUUCUCAAAGGCCCAUAUUUACGACGCAUGCCCUCUUAAAGCGAUCCGAUGCAUUUCGGUUCAAAAAAUCGGUUUCUUUCAAACUUUGCCCACAAAUCUGUAAUAGGUUAAAUUUAUGAUAUAACAUAAAAUACUUAAUUACUAAAAAAUCAUAAGUUCCGCUUCAUUUGGAAUUCAGGGACAUCUACGGGUCCUUUCCCAAAGCAAAGAUUCGUUUGGGAUCAAGAAAAGAGAAACAUUUAGUGCCAGUAUAUUUUACGCGAAACCUUAAAGUUUGUAACACUUCAUCCACCCUGUGGAUAUCGUGGGCAGAGCCCAAGCGAGGGUAAAAAUAUGGGAACGAACUAAGGCAUAGGGUCUAAAAGGUAUUUUAUUGAAGGCUUCAUUUCACAGUUAACAUGAUUUUCCUAUCAACAACUUCGCAACCUGGUACAAUGUUUUAAACUCUGUGCCACUUUCAUGCUGAAGUUGUUCAUACUGUAAAAGACAUGUUUGAUGAUCAUGUUUGAGCAAGGUUAUCAAGCAGUUUGAAUAGCAUAUUACGACAAUGAACUAAAACUAUCGAAUGAGCUGCAAGGGCACUGGUCUCUUAUACCUUGGAUCGACAGUCAGCUCAUUCGCAAAGAAACCCGAUGUAAUUUAAAAAUAAAUUGGAAACCAUCGGUUCUUUCGCUUGUAAAGAAAAGGAAAAAAAGCACACACUUGUGACUUACCCGCCUUUGUAAGCAUAGUAAGCAGACUAAAUGCUUCCAAUAUUUUUAAGCACGAUAGAACCCCGGUAGAAGUCUUUUCCAUCUUCAGUUUAAGACCUUUCCGUUGGUUUUACUUUGAACUGGAAAUAGCAGUCUCCAGUCUCCAGUCUGUUCUUCAGAUCCUCUACAUGCUCGUCUACAAAUGAGUGAAAACCCUCAAAGCUUUUCUACGACCAUCUUCAUCGUAGCCAUCUUUCCAAGCAGAAUGUCUGGAAUACCGGUGAAGUCCUGAGUCCAAACUCACCCGAAAGUGGAUGAGGAAGUAAUUUUCUCCUGGAAAUGUUUUCUUGGAAUUAAUCAACUCGUCGCGUUAAACUGUUUUACAAAGCUCUAGAAGUUCUGCCCUUUUCCGCCCUCUUACCGUUUAAAAAAUUUUAAAUAUCUCUUCCCUUUGAAAACUUCUGUAGCUCUGGAACUUGCAGGUUUACGCAUCAUAAUCUGUGAUGUUGAGAUGACUCCCAUUCCUCCCAGCCUCGACUUGGUGCUAAAAACUAGUCACCAGACUUUCUUUCACAAACAAUUCGAAACUAGCUUAUUGACAGGUGUCAGAUCUGAGAGACGAAAGUCGUUUAAUUGCGACACAGAAGCGAGAUGAUAAGGUUAUGAUUUCUCCUGAAUGAAAUCCAGUCUAAAAUUUAAUGGUAGUAAUUUUUUGCGGGAGUUAAGUUAAUGUGCAAAUUAUCCUUGACCCUCAUAAAUAUCUUGUUUAAAUAUUUUCGAAAGUUGCUUGUCAUUCUCAGUCAUACAAUGGUGUAAUUUGAUCGUCCGAGUGAGCGUAGUCCUGAGAAGGACUGUUGUCGGUAGUGGUGACUGACGUUUCGACAACCUGAGCGGAAGUCAUCUUCAGAGUCAAGUGAAUAGUUGUUGUCAGUCGAAUAGUGGAAGGUUUACAUUUAUUGUAUUCGCCUUCUCUCAUUUUGUUUAUUUUUGUGCGAACGUAUCAUAGGAUCCCCCUGCAUUGCACGCUAUAUCAUCUUGCGCAGGGUGGUCAUAACAAUAAAUGUUGCAAUCACGCCAACCCCUUAAUGACCAGAACCAUUUUAUUAGUUUGAAAAUAUCAGACAACACUAUUAUCACCAAAUACUCCUAAUAAGUAUCGUCUUUGGGAAAAAAAAUUAUUUAAACUUCGGUACAACGCGAUAAAGGAUUUAUCGCUUGUAAAAUAUCCAUCUCCGGAACUCUUCCUUUGUAACAAUUGAUGAGUGCACUGGAGUAAUUCAUCGAACAACGAUGGAUAAAUGUUACAAGAUUACGAUGACCACCGUGAAAUUAAAAUAUAAAUAGAUUCUUCAAAACUUUGAAAAAUAUAUCGAACAUCGUGGAUUUUAUCUUUAAACAGUUUUGUGAUAUCCUAGUGAACUAAUUUAUUCAUGAAGCUGGGAUUGAGUUCGUUUAUUCAAAAUUGCAGUUGUUAAAAUGCACAAGAAUUUCUUGUAUAAAAUGGCAAAUUUUUUUAAAAUUCUAUCACCUCAGAUGUUUUCUGAAAUUAAAGUUACUCUUGUAGCAAAACCGACAGAAAGAAAUGAAAUUGGAACCAUUUCAAAAAGUUUUCAAUCCAUUCGUCUAAAAUAGCAUUGAAAUGAUAAAACAUUAAUGAGAUUUAUUCGAGAGAUUUUCAACACAAAAUACGCCGACUCUGCCGUUGCAAUUAGAAUGACUUUCAGUUCGAAAACAUCUUUUGUCCUUCAGAAGGCGCUAAGCACGCGAGUAUCAAAUAGAACGACAAAGUUACAACAUAAGCUACAUCGGUUUGUAAGUGUCACCAUAUUAACACACCCAGACUUAAGAUAGUCUCAAUUGCGAUAGCUCUCGCCUCGUAUUCGUAUUACAGUCUUUAUUUUGGAUGUACUCCUUGUGACCUAAAUAGUUACGUUUCUACUGAAAACAGUCCUUGAUAGAUCGAUGCUACUUGACAAAGAAAGAAAUAUUGAAUUGGACACCUGAACAUCGGAAAAUAAAGAUUAAUCUCUGAGGUGUUUGUGUUCAAAUUGUUCUAAAAAUACCGCGGAAGCUUAACGUUACUAAAUGAUUCAUAAAGACAUCAAUUCAGCUCCUGUUGGCCAUUAAACACAACAGCGCCCAGUGGGAGAAAAACUUAACUGAAUACCAUAGCAUCCCACUGAUCCAACAAAGAUGCACCACCGUAAGGAAUUAAGGAUAGUGGCUAAUUAUCUGCAAGAGAUUUGUUCGUGGUGUAAUAUAAUUCGUCCCUUAACAUCAUUUUAGCUCCAAUUGGCCGUAAAACAUUGCAAAGUCUAGUUUGAGAAUGAUAAUAACAGUUUUCAAUAGUAUCCCACUGAUCCAACAAAGAUGUACCAAUUUAAGGAGGACAAUGGCUCAUAAUCUGCUACGAGGUCGUCUGUGGUGUGAUGUUAUUCCCCCUAAACAACCUUUCAGGUUCAGUUGACCGUUGGCAACCUGAUCUGUGCCUCACACCUCAAGAGAAGACCAAUGGGACUUUCUUUUAUAAACAACGAGUAGUUUUAACCAGGUAUGUGUAAUGCCGCAGUUUAUUGUACAAUCUCUUUUACAAAUUAAAAUUGAAGUAUGUCUGAAAAAGUUAAGUGAAAAUCCGUUCCCGCUCAAUUGUAGCUCUCUUUUUCCUGAAAAAAGUUUAACAGGCACUAAAAGUAAAGGAAACUACAGAUGCUAAAGUUAUAACCGGACGUUACAAUAUAUAAUUAUUAUCUAUCUUAACUUAUGAGCGAAGCCCAAUUUCCUACAAAGGUAGCAUUUUCUCGUCACCGAAUUUUUAGAUGAUUAAUUUUUGAAUGGAUGACGAAACAGCUGAGACUCCCGAUUUCAAGAAAUGUAAAUUUUCAAGACUAUAAAUUGCGCUCGACUCGCGGGUUUGAGCAAUUUUUGUUUCUGUGCUUAUUUACACCAAAUUACACUCGAAAUCAUGUCAUUACCUUUUCUUAAAGUCUUUUACAAGCUGUCAAAAAUAGCUGACUUUUUCAUGCACGCAGUUUCUCAUUUUUCCCGCGAAUUGAUCAGUAAAGAUUAAGAUUACAAAAGGAGGGAAGGUUGAUUUUAAAGCAACAAAAUUUCUUUUUUUUUCAAUGACCUAGUAAGGAAUUUUCUUUCCCAAAAAUUUCCUUAAAUCAAACAUUACCGAUAAAAAAUGUUCAUCUUGUCUUCGCAGGUUUCAAAAAUCUGAUAUGCUUCUCAUGGCUGGUCGACAUGCUUCAUUUUUUAUCGUGCUAUUUUUCAUUUCUCAAACCAGUCAGCAGUGUGGAUCUGGCGGCGACCUAUACUCCAUUUACAAAAUGAUGCUCAAGGGCCACACUUACAAGACGUUCAAGACUGCACCAGGUACUCUGGAAUGCAGAGAUGCUUGUCUUGCUGAUGUCAGAUGUCAAAGCUACAACGUCGUUAUGUUCAUUGCAAUAUGCGAGUUGAACAACCAAACUAAAGAGGCCAGACCAGAGGACUUUGUCAAGAACAAGGACAGAUAUUACAUGGCAAAAGGUCCAAACCGAGGUGAUAGAUAAUGCAAAGAUUAAAAAGCAGCACUAAAGAAAAGGGGAGGGGAGGGAGGGGGGCGACAUUCAACUUAUAGCUCGAUCUGCGAGCGUAAAUUUAAAUUUACCCAAUAUGACGCUCGGCAUUGUCAUAUUUUUUACAGAUGUUUCAAAUUAAAAGACUGUUAAUAUUACAGUAAAUCAUAUAGACAUUCCACACAAAGUAUAUCUUAAAGGUGAUGAAAACAAACAAUAUGACUAAACUGACUAUCGUGGAUUUUACGCUGUCAGCAAUUAAUCUUUUUUACUCUUGUUCUGUUAAAAUUAAUCAUCUUAAUUGCAACUCCCCUCGGAUCAAUUCGUGAAUUUUCUGUGGAGUAGAGCAAGAUCAAGGCGAGUGAAGGAGGAAAGGAAGUCAGCGGUAAUAAUUAUUGGAUGGAUUCAACCCGAUCUGUUAACUCUAUUUUAGCUCGCUGUGACAUGAAGACUGGAGGUUUAUACAAGACAUGGUUUUUGGCAUUUCUUUGUCGUGCCAAUGAGUGGACUUUUCUUAACGUCUUUUUUUUCCCCUUAUUUUUCAAAUGAUUCAGAAGCCUUGCACUAAGUUUUAAUAAUGUCAGAGGAACUUAUGAAGCUCUUAAAACCCUUAACCCUAUGAGACUCUUGCGAUUAAGUUACAAUUUUAACGUUAAUAAUUCAAAUUUCCUUUUACAUUUCUUUGACUUCGUAGCCCCACACCGUGACUGCAAUAUUUACCAGACCAUAAGAGAUGCCAAUAGAAAGAGCAGUUACAAAACACGAACUGAUUUGUGUGACGACAAACUCCAUGUGGGAUGGUACCGUUUUGUGGGAGCUGCAGGAACAAAAAUGCCAACAAAUCUUGUGCCAUCAUACAGAUGUGGUACAGUAUACUCCGGUUGGUUGAAUGGUUCUCAUCUUUCAGUGGAAGAUGGUGAAGUUGACAGGAGGGUAUGCUUUAGUGAUUAUAAGAACCAUUGCAGGGGCACAACAGUAAUUGGCGUGAGAAACUGUGGAUCUUACUACAUCUACAAACUUCGUCAGCCGUCACUUUGUCGUAUGCGCUACUGUGGUACAGACUGA